UGUCCUUCCCUGGAGCACCGCUUCACCGCCUUUCUAUUGGAGGCGGUUCUCUACAAAGACAAACCUCAUCUCCUAAAUACACUGUCUAUUGAUCGACAAUCAAGCGAGUCGAGUCAAUUAUCACACAGACCCAUCUUGGAUCUUAGUCGAACAUCAUGGGACACGGUGAAAAAGGCCGACAAUUCAAGAGGCUCAAGUCCUCUGCCAAGGAAGAUCACAGGAAAAUCGUCGAAGACGAAGACGCAUAUUUUGGCGAAGAAGGCGACGAUGAUCGCCCUGAUGAUGGAAAGAAGAGGGAUUUCAGCAAAUUGGAGCUGAAACCUGAUCAUCCUAAUAGGCCUUUGUGGGCUUGCGCCGAUGGCCGCAUUUUCCUUGAAACCUUCUCGACUUUGUAUAAACAAGCUUACGAUUUUCUUAUCGCUAUAGCCGAGCCCGUUUGCCGGCCGGAAUCUAUGCACGAGUACAACCUGACCCCACACUCGCUGUAUGCCGCGGUGUCUGUUGGUCUUGAAACCGAAACAAUCAUAGCUGUUUUGAAUAAACUAUCAAAGACUAAGCUCCCUAAAGAAAUGGUUGAUUUCAUACAUUCUUCCACAGCCAACUACGGCAAAGUGAAGCUUGUGCUUAAGAAGAAUAAGUACUUUGUGGAAUCCCCAUUUCCGGAGGUAUUGAAGAAGUUGCUUAAUGACGGCAAUAUAGCCAAAGCAAGGAUUAAUCCUGAGGGUUCAAAUGGAACUGAUGGAUUUACAAUUAGUAAAUCAAUGGGUGAAAUUGGAACUGGUCACGAGGAUUUGCUUAAUCAAGCAGAAGUGGCAGCUGCCGCAGAAGAAAAAGAAACUCAUGCAUUUGAAAUUGAUCCUUCUCAGGUUGAGAAUGUAAAGCAACGCUGCUUGCCAAAUGCUUUGAAUUACCCCAUGUUGGAGGAGUACGACUUCAGAAAUGAUACCGUCAACCCUGACCUUGAUAUAGAACUGAAGCCUCAUGCGCAACCACGGCCAUAUCAAGAAAAGAGCCUUAGUAAAAUGUUUGGAAAUGGUAGAGCAAGAUCUGGGAUUAUUGUCCUACCUUGUGGUGCUGGAAAGUCCCUAGUUGGCGUCUCUGCAGCCUCCCGAAUAAAAAAAAGCUGCCUUUGCUUAGCAACAAAUGCUGUUUCUGUGGAUCAGUGGGCUUUCCAGUUCAGCCUAUGGUCAAACAUUCGAGAAGAUCAAAUUUGUCGUUUCACAUCUGAUAGCAAAGAAAGGUUCCGGGGCAAUGCUGGGGUGGUUGUGACAACAUAUAACAUGGUUGCUUUUGGUGGUAAACGGUCUGAAGAAUCUGAAAAGAUUAUUGAAGAAAUAAGAAAUAGAGAAUGGGGAUUGCUUCUCAUGGAUGAGGUGCAUGUGGUUCCUGCUCACAUGUUUCGAAAGGUCAUCAGCAUUACUAAAUCUCACUGCAAACUUGGGCUCACUGCCACGCUUGUGAGAGAGGAUGAAAGGAUUACAGAUCUGAACUUCCUUAUUGGUCCCAAAUUGUAUGAAGCAAACUGGUUGGAUCUAGUGAAAGGUGGUUUUAUUGCAAAUGUACAGUGUGCUGAAGUAUGGUGUCCAAUGACGAAGGAGUUUUUUGCUGAAUAUUUGAAGAAAGAAAACUCCAAGAAAAAGCAGGCACUUUAUGUGAUGAACCCAAAUAAGUUCAGGGCAUGCGAGUUUCUCAUAAGGUUUCAUGAACAGCAGCGUGGCGAUAAGAUAAUUGUCUUUGCUGACAAUCUUUUUGCACUCACAGAGUAUGCGAUGAAGCUACGCAAGCCUAUGAUUUAUGGUGCUACCAGCCAUGUUGAGAGGACAAAAAUUCUUCAGGCUUUCAAGACUAGCAAGGAAGUAAACACUAUUUUCCUGUCCAAGGUGGGUGAUAAUUCAAUAGAUAUUCCUGAGGCAAAUGUGAUCAUUCAGAUUUCUUCACAUGCUGGUUCAAGACGUCAAGAAGCCCAACGUCUGGGUCGUAUUCUUAGGGCUAAGGGUAAAAUUCAGGAUAGGAUGCCAGGAGGUAAAGAGGAGUACAAUGCAUUUUUCUAUUCCCUUGUGUCAACAGAUACACAGGAGAUGUAUUACUCGACUAAAAGGCAACAGUUUUUGAUUGAUCAAGGUUAUAGCUUUAAGGUAAUAACAAGCUUGCCUCCACCUGAUACAGGAGCUGAUUUGAGUUACCACAGUCUAGAAGAACAAUUGGCACUUCUCGGAAAGGUCUUGAGCGCCGGUGAUGACGCAGUAGGUUUAGAGCAAUUAGAAGAAGAUGCAGAUGACAUAGCACUUCAUAAAGCCCGCCGUUCAAUGGGAUCCAUGAGUGCUAUGUCAGGUGCAAAUGGGAUGGUUUACAUGGAAUACAGUACCGGGCGAAACAAAGGGAUGAAGAACAAGCCCAAGGAACAAGCCAAGCGGCAUUAUUUGUUCAAAAGACGCUUUACUUGAGACAUUGCAACCAAUUAUGCCCAAAACUGAAGAACAAGCCAACAAGCAAGGAUGGUGGUUUCUUUUUGAUGUUACAAUUUGUAUACUAUUUUGAGGAGGAGAAUUAUUACUUGAAAAAUGGUUUUUCAAUAAUUUUUGUUUUAGAGAUCAA